AUGCACAGGCUUCAAAGCCGCGACAUUCCACUAUCUGAGCACUUGGGAGACAGUCCUCCAGUAGAGAUGGCCCCUGGGUCUCCAGUCACAGGGGCUCCUACAGGGCCCAACAUCACCUGGCUUCCAGCUCCUCUUCCCACUGCUGAGCAGCCCAUCUUCCUCAUGACCACCACGGCUCAGGCGGUGUCUGGCUUCUUUGUGUGGACGGCCUUGCUCUUCACUUGUCAGCAGAUCUACAUGCACUUGCGUUUUUACAACUCGCCCAAUGAACAGAGACACAUAGUACGCAUUCUGUUCAUCGUGCCCAUCUAUGCCUUUGAUUCAUGGCUUAGUCUCCUCUUCUUUACCAACGACCAGUACUACGUCUACUUUGACACAGUCAGGGACUGUUAUGAAGCGUUUGUGAUCUACAACUUCCUGAGUCUUUGUUAUGAAUAUCUGGGGGGAGAGAGUGCCAUCAUGGCAGAAAUCAGGGGAAAACCCAUUGAGUCCAGUUGUAUAUAUGGAACUUGCUGCCUGUGGGGCAAGACUUACUCUAUUGGCUUCCUCAGGUUCUGUAAACAGGCCACGUUGCAGUUCUGCGUGGUGAAACCCCUGAUGGCUGUCGUGACUGUCAUCCUUCAGGCCUUUGGGAAAUAUCGCGACGGUGACUUCAACGUUGCCAGCGGUUACCUGUAUGUGACCAUCAUUUAUAACAUCUCCGUCAGUCUGUCCCUCUACGCCCUCUUCCUCUUCUACUUUGCGACUCGAGACCUCCUCAGCCCUUACAGCCCCAUGCUCAAGUUCUUCAUGGUUAAAUCUGUCAUCUUCCUCUCCUUCUGGCAAGGGAUGCUGCUUGCCAUACUGGAGAAAUGCGGUGCCAUUCCUCAGAUAAAUUCACCGGAAGUGUCCGUGGGCGAGGGCACGGUAGCAGCCGGCUAUCAGAACUUCAUCAUUUGCGUUGAAAUGUUUUUCGCUGCCCUGGCCCUGCGGCACGCCUUCACUUAUAAAGUCUACAUGGACAAGAGGCUGGAUUCUCAAGGUCGCUGUGCUCCUAUGAAGAGUAUCUCCAGUAGCCUAAAGGAGACCAUGAACCCUGGGGACAUGGUCCAAGACGCCAUCCAUAACUUCUCUCCUGCUUACCAGCAGUACACCCAGCAGUCCACACUGGAGCAAGGAGUACCCGCGCCGCCUGUGUCCCGUAACCACAGCGCGGCCAACGUCCGGGACAACGAGAAAACCCUGCUGCUCAGUUCUGAUGACGAGUUCUAA